ACUAUUGCAAAUAGUAGCAUCACGGCCGGCGCGCAAUAGAAAGAGAAGCAAAGGUGGGGAAUAAUAUGGAUAGGGUGUUUUCAGUGGAUGAAAUCUCCGACCAGUUCUGGUCACCGCCGACGUCCACCGGAACCCAUGAACCCUCCCAGAUGAACCGCAGCGCCUCCGAGUGGGCCUUCCAGCGCUUCCUUCAGGAAGCUUCCGUGUCCUCCCCGACCUCUACGGCUUCUUCCUCCCUCCCUCCUCACCCUAACGACGACCGUCCGCUUCACAUCAAGGAUCAACCCAAACAGGAUCCCGCUCUGAAUACGGGGGUCUCGCGGCUCCAGAACGAUGGUCCCGUCCAGGCCAAUGUGCCUUCUACCCCUCCGUCUAUUCCCAACAUUCCCGUUAAUUCCGAUGACUACCAGGCUUACCUCAAGAACAAACUCAAUCUCGCCUGUGCCGCGGUCGCAUUGUCUCGGCAACAGGGAUCUUUAAUCAAAGCUCAAGAUUCAGCUACUUUUGUUGACAGCGGAUCACAGGCUUCUGAUUCUUGUCAAGUUGGAGCUCGGGCUACUUUUAAAGGAUCUGGCAUAUCUGGUUCGUCUGGAAGUGAUCCAUCUAAAUUACUGGAUAAAGAUACCAAAGCACCAGUUGGAAUUCCUUCCUUACCCGUGAUUCAAAAGAAGCCAGCUGUUGCAAACAAGCCAACAACAAGCGGAUCAUCAAGGGACCUGUCAGAUGACGAUGACAUUGACGGAGAAAUGGAGAUGACUGAAAAUAUGGACCCUGCUGAUGUAAAACGAGUAAGGAGGAUGCUUUCUAAUAGGGAAUCUGCUAGACGUUCAAGAAGGAGAAAGCAGGCUCAUUUAACUGAGCUUGAGACACAGGUUUCUCAAUUAAGAGUUGAAAAUUCAUCCUUGUUAAAGCGUCUCACUGAUGUAAGCCAUAAGUUCAAUGAGUCUGGUGUUGACAACAGAGUGUUAAAAGCUGACAUUGAAACAUUAAGAGCAAAGGUGAAGAUGGCUGAAGAGACUGUCAAAAGAAUUACUGGAUUGAACCCAAUGUUUCAUGCCAUGUCCGAGAUAUCAUCAAUGGGAAUCUCUUCAUUUGAUGGAAGCCCUCCAGACACGUCAGCAGAUGCUGCUGUUCCCAUGCAAGAUGAUCCGAUCCAUCACUUUUAUCAACCUACAGAUAAUCCUUUGUCCGGUCAUGAUCUGAGGGCAAACAAUGGAUUAGGGGAUGUUUGUUCAAAUGAAAAUGUUCAGCAGAGCGGAGCAGCUGUGGUAACUGGGAACAAGAUGGGACAAACAACUUCACUUCAGAGGGUGGCCAGCUUAGAACAUCUGCAGAAGAGAAUUUGUGGUGGUGCGGAUUCAUCUGGACAUUCUUCCAGCGGAGAUCAUUAGCCAAUUAUUGUUUGAGAAAUUAUUCCGAAACACCUUAUAAUUUGGAGGCAGAGCCGUUCAUCUUUGACCAUAUCAGUCUGUUGUUCUGGACGUAGUCCUGUGGGAUCCAGACCAUAUAUACAGCUGAUAGAUGAUCUGAUUUAGGGCUGGACGCAAGACUGAUGUAGUUAAAUUUGGAGUCAAAGAAGGAAUAGUGAUAUAUUGGUUGUUCAUAUCUUCGGGAUUUGAGGUCGAAUUAUUGCAGUCACUAAGGCUGCAGGGAGUAGUAUAAAAUAUCUCUGUCCUGUUCAUAUGUGGUAUGGUGACGUUCAAUCUUCGCACGGUAAGAUCUAAAUAGGAAAAAGUCGGAUUAGCUAUUUUUUUAA